AUGGCAACGUAUUACACUCAACAUCAAAUUCCUCAAGCAUACAGCAUACCUGUGAUAGUUAACGAAUGGAACCCUUUAGUGAGUGCAGUGCAAGUAGCAAACCCUUAUACUGCGUCUGUACCACAGAUACCAAUCGCACUUGUAUCACCACAAAUAAUCACUCCAAUAUGUCCCUACGCCGCUAUCGUUCCUGAUCCUCUAGUUAACACUGCUUUAGACGUUACUCCAGAUAUUUAUAACAGUUUAUAUAAUACAUAUAAACCUAUAGCUUAUACACAUGAAGUAAAUGAUAGUAAUGCUGAAUAUAUAGAUGAGGCUGCGUUACCUGAAGAAAUGGCUACAUCCGUCAUUGAUGAAACUGAAAAGGAUCCAGUUGAGCUUUACUUAACAUUACCAAAAGAACUUUUUCCAUCAGCAAAAAUGCUAACAAUCGACCCAAAUCCAAUAAUAGACGAAUUUUGUAAAAUCGCAAGUAUAAAUGAAAAUGUGUCCUGGAUUUUAGAUGUAGAAUUUGGUGUGCCCAGAGUGCCUGUCACUCGAUCUAUAGCUGUGUAUGAUGUCAAAUUUAAUAGUAUCCAUUGCAAAAACACUCCCACCGCUAUACACCCUGGCUUUGAGAAGUGCAGCGGUGAUUUCAAAAAGAUAAUUCUUUUUUAUUACGACUGCGUUGUAUCUACUUGGUACAGAGGGUAUAUUUUUUUGAAUUAUGAUAAAUCAGUAGAGAACUUUCAGUCGUGGUUGCUGAUACCGAUGCAGAUAUUUGGAAUGUGUUGGCCG